GGCACGAUGUGUUAGUGUUAAAUUAAUAAAUAUAUAAAUUUGUUAUAUCGUAAUGGAAUUUUUUACUUUCGACAGUGAUGUGUCUACUGUACCUUCCUGGAUGCCCUUGCUUAGACAGAGUUUUAUUUGCAGUGGAGUUGUAACGUUUUACUUCAUCCAUGGUCUUUUUGUGGGUGCCCCAACUGUCUUUAUCCCGCAACUAAAAAGGGAACACAAUUCUACAGAUUCUAUAGAUUUGUCUAUGGAAUCAUGGUUAUCCUCCGCCUUAUUCUACAGUUCCAUACCAUGGUCAGUAAUAAUCCCGAUCUUCGCGUACUAUUUUGGAAGGAAAAAAACUGAAAUUAUUAUCUGCUUUGAUACAAUGAUAAGCAGCGUUAUGUUGUACUAUAGUACAUCACCAAGUCAGAUAAUUGUCAGCCAGAUAAUAAUUGGUAUGUUACCUGCCGGCCAUCUCACUAUUUCUUUAAUGGUAUUAACAGAAUAUUUUUCACCCAAAUAUAGAGGUAUUUUUAUGACUGUCAAAUCAGCGACUGUAUUCUGGGGAAUAUGGAUGUCAAACGCCAUUGGAACGUAUUUUCAUUGGAGUAAUAUUGCAAUACUGAGCCUUGUAUGCAGCGCAUAUACUUUAAGUACUUUUUUAUGGACCGAGUCGCCGUACUGGCUUGCAUCUAAAGGCCGCUUCAGGGAGUGCGUUGAAACACACCGAUGGUUAAAAGGGACUGAUGCUGAAGCAGAGGAAGAGCUUAAACGUCUUAUUGAUUAUCAUAAAUCACAUUUUAAUUCACGUAAUACAAAACGUCAUAUUUUAAUGUUGAAAUCUAUGUUUAACGCGAUAGCAGAAACUAGCUUUUAUAAGCCCCUUCUUAUUGCUACGUUGACAAUUUGUUUAUACCAAAUAUCGGGAAAAUUUGCAUUUAGUAUCUACGCUAUAAGGAUAUUAAAAGAUAUAACUGUAAGUGAAUUUACAGCUUACAAUGGUAUGUUGAUUUUGGAUGGAAUAACCAUACUUGGGAUGUAUGUAGGAUCAUCGUUUUCAAAAUUUCUUAAACGGCGUACAAUGAUUUUGUACGCGUCGUCAAUUGGUGCUACAUUUUUAUUAAUACUAUCUGUGUAUUUAUAUUUAAUUGAAUUUAAAAUUAUAUCAGAUAAUAAGUAUGUUUCUAUACCUCUAUUAGCUGCGUACUCUAUGUCAAUGAGCUGUGGUCCAAUGAUUAUGUCUCUAUGUUUAUGUGGUGAGUUAUCACCGUUACAGAAUAGAAGCCUUUUCUUUUGCGUAUUAUGUAUUAUUUUUAAUAGUCUUAUGGCAGUGACGAUAAAGAUGUCGCCAUAUUUAUUCAAAUCAGUUGGUCUGAGGGGCUCAUUCUUAUUCUAUGGAAUCGGUUCUUAUGCAGUCAUUGCAUUACUUUUCAAGUACUUACCGGAAACGAAGGAUAAAACUAUUCUCGAAGUACAAAAGUAUUUUGAAGGAAAUUUUUGUAUUAAAAAUGAAAAUGAAGUUAUGUUAACAGAACGCCGAUUACUUGAAAUAAGACAACCUAGGUCUUACUAAUUUUACGAUUAAUCUGAAUUAAUAUGUUGUUUUAUGUGUAAUGUCGUUUAUAAUUUAUGUACUUAUAUACUUCGGUUGCUUAGUGAUGUCAUGAUAAUAUUAAGGUUAAGUGGAACUAUAUUUGUUAAUUGUUAACACAGGGAAGGCAACGGUUGUUCGAAGUAGUCUUGUUUUAUUAAUAAAAUAUAUAUAUAUUAAUAGUAAAUAAUGAUACUUCAGUUAGGGAACUUAAAACACAAUUUGAAAACCUCAGAGGUAAGCAUGUUUGACCAGAGAUUGUAUUGUUCAAACGAUUAUAGCUUGGAAUUAGUUGGCGGUGAUUGACUUACUUAUUGGACAUAAUAAUGUCACACCUACAACGGCAAGUUACUGACAUGCAGAAGCGGCCACAUUUCUGGUUAUAGAACAGUCCUUAAAUUUUUCCACUAUAUCAUCACGCAUUAAUAACCAAUCCCAAUAGACUUUAGUCGACACUCUGCAGAAAUUUUAUCAGACAAAGCAACACUAUUUUUAUUACAAAAUCUGGGAAAGGUUUUUGAGAGGUUCAUAAUUUCGGCGAGGCCCUAAAUGUCGUAUUAAUAUUAAAACCUAUCUUCAAACAGUUCCACUGAAAUCCAGUUCACGAGCAACAAAGAGGUUGCAAACAUCACUCGCUCUUUGCACAUUUGAAAGGAUUUUAUUCACGUCACUGGGCGAAGGUAGUGGAUGGAAAUUCGACAUAGAUGUCAGGUAAAACUACCGUAUUUGCUUCAAGAAAUGCGGUUUACCUUUCAAGUGUUUGGGAAAAUACAAUAGGAAAA